GAUGACAAGAAGGAGAAUCAAAAGAAGAUGCCUCAGUCAGGCACAUCUUCUGUGCUAAGUGAUGAGUUCCAUUGGGAAAAUUACUUGAAAGAGACUGGAUCUUUGGGUGCUCCUUCAGAGUGUUUCAGACAGUCUAAGGUUCCACCAGCUAAUGAAUUCAAAGUUGGCAUGAAAUUGGAAGCCCAUGACCCUCGCAAUAUGACUUCAAUAUGUAUAGCCACAGUCGUCGGAAUUACUGGUGCCAGGCUACGUUUAAGACUGGACGGUAGUGACAACAGAAAUGAUUUUUGGAGGCUUGUUGAUUCUCCAGACAUACAGCCUGUUGGGACAUGUGAAAAGGAAGGGGAUUUACUUCAGCCUCCACUGGGGUACCAAAUGAAUGCAUCAUCUUGGCCAAUGUUCCUGUUACGAACACUGAAUGGAUCUGAAAUGGCACCUGCAACAUUGUUCAAGGAGGAACCACCAAAGCCACCUCUAAACAAUUUCAAAGUAGGGAUGAAACUUGAAGCCAUUGAUAAAAAGAACCCUUAUAUGAUCUGCCCUGCAACUGUUGGAGAUGUUAAAGGAGAUGAAAUUUACAUCACAUUUGAUGGCUGGAGUGGAGCUUUUGAUUAUUGGUGCAAGUACGAUUGUCGAGAUAUUUUCCCAGUUGGGUGGUGUCGACUGACAGGAGAUGUAUUACAACCACCUGGAACUCAUGUGCCUGUUACAAAGAAUAUAGCAAAAGCACAGUCUUCUCUUCCCAAAGAGGCCCCACGUUCAAUGCCGUCUCCACAGAAAACUGCUAUAAUAUUACCAACACAACAGAUCAGGAAAUCAAGUCGGACUAAACCACCUCUACAUUCUUCAGUCCCCAAGAAGGGAAGUUCUGCUAAAAAUAUCACACCAAGGAAAAAAGCCCCCAAAAAGGAAAAAUUUAUUCCUGUUUUGUGUUCUACAUCUUCAGCUUCUAUAAAUUCCCUACUGAGAGAUCGUCGUGCUUAUGAUAGGGAUGCCACUGCUGGAGCAUCUAAAAUAGUGAUGUCUACAGUCUGUGUCUAUGUAAACAAACAUGGAGACUCUGGUCCUCACCUGGAUCAGAAGAAAAUCCAGCAGCUGCCUGACCACUUUGGUCCAGGCCCAGUGAAUGUGGUCCUCCGGAGGACUGUGCAGGCCUGUGUGGAUUGUGCCUUUCAAAGUAAGACUGUUUUUGGAUUUCUUAAGCCAGAUCAUCGUGGAGGAGAAGUGAUAACUGCCUCCUUUGAUGGGGAAACUCAUUCUGUCCAGCUGCCCCCAGUGAACAGUGCAUCAUUUGCUCUUCGCUUUCUUGAGACCUUGUGCCACAGCUUGCAGUGUGAUAACCUUUUGAGUAGCCAGCCUUUUAGCUCUUACAGAGGUAAUACUCAGAGUCCUACAGAGCUUGAUAAAAGUGUACCAGUAAAAGAAGACAUAACAGAAAAGAAAAGCCCCAAACGGCCUUCUCAGGAACCUUUACCUUAUGUUCCUGUGUCACCUAAGUUCCCCAAAACAAAGGUGCAUGCUUCUACAGAAGAAUCAUUGUCUUCUGAAGGAAAUGGCAUGCUCAAGGAAGAGAAGCUUCCUGAAGAUUCCAAAAGCCCACCACUAAAUCCAGCAAGUUCUUUAAAUCCUGACAGCAGAAAUCCUAUAAGCAUUCAUACUGCAGUCUCCGGGGAUUUUUCUCAAAGUGUGCCAGGCACCUCAAGUUCAGCACUGGUGGGAACUAAAUCUACCAAGAGUGGUCAAUAUGAAGUUAAAGUCCAAACGCAGAAGAAAAGUGAAGCUCCAAGUUAUAUAGCUGUACCUGACCCCAGUGUCCUGAAACAAGGCUUCUCUAAGGACCCUUCAACCUGGUCUGUGGAUGAAGUGAUACAGUUUAUGAAACAUAAAGAUCCUCAAAUAUCAGGCCCCCUCGCCGACCUCUUCAGGCAACAUGAAAUUGAUGGGAAGGCUCUGCUACUACUCAAAAGUGAUAUGAUGAUGAAGUACAUGGGGCUGAAGCUGGGCCCAGCAUUAAAGUUGUGUUACUACAUUGAAAAACUUAAAGAAGGAAAAUACAAUUAAAAAGAUGUUUAUGUUUAGA